CGGCUGUGACUGGAGAAGACAGAAAGAACCGGAGGCAACCGACUGGACGCACAAGAACGCGAAAGAAGCAAGCAAGAAGAUGACGAUGAUGAUGAAGAACUCUGUGAUUCUGGCGACCUGCGUCGUGCUCUUGUCGUCGCUCAUCGUGCAGGCCUCUGAAAGCAGCUUUGGUCCAGAUCAGUGCUGUUUUAAAUUUUACACCAGGCCCCUGCCUAAGAAGAAGGUGGAGGCCUUACAAUACACAGGCAAGCUGUGCCCUAUGGAAGGAGUGCUCUUCAAGAUGAGGAAUGGUGCUGUGCUCUGUGUCGACCCUUCCGCUGCGUGGGUCAAGCCCAUCAUCGAGGCCAAGGAAAAGCAGAUGGCUAAGAAACUGAGCACCCCGACCCCCACAGGGUCUUCAUGAUUCAACACCAUAUUUAAAAGCUCACCGAACCAAGCGGAUGUUCUGCCGUAGUGACUUGCAUUCCCUUCUUUCACUUUUUUUCUUUCUGAAUAUUUUUUUUUUUGUUCGUUUGUAAGUCAGCAGUAAAUUGUAGAAAUAUAUAUUUUUUUAUCAUAUUCUGUUCUGAAAAGUGUAAGCUAUUUUAUAAUAAAUCCUGAAAUGAUUUUAAAAAUAUAUAUGAUAUUUGUUUCUUUUGUUUGCUUUACCAUGUAAUCUUAACUCGGAUCAGAAAUAAAUUCCACAUUCAAGUCA